AUGGCUGUUGUCAACCUAGACGAGGUUAAACCUCAGAAAGAAAAGCGUGAACAAAAUGGGCAGAAAGCAAUCCCGAGCACGGGUGCCCCAGGUGUACGUCUCUCCGGUCAUUGUCCUCCCAGAGAACUGACAGAGACCCUACAGGUCUCAUACUUCACACCAAUACAGAACUACCCCUCUGGAAGCGCCGCCAACCCCCAGCCAGAUGGAAAGCCUCUCCCCAAGCUCUUCACGCCCCUCCAGAUCCGGGGCCUGACCCUGCACAACCGGAUCAUGCUCUCGCCGCUCUGCCAGUACUCGGCCGAGAACGGCCACCACACGCUCUGGCACUUCCAGCACCUGGGCGGCAUCGUCUCGCGGGGCCCCGGGCUCGCCAUGGUCGAGUCGACCGCGGUCCUGCCCGAGGGCCGCGUCACGCCGCAGUGCUCGGGCAUCUGGCUCGACAGCCAGAUCGAGCCCCUGAAGCGCAUGACCGACUUUGCGCACUCGCAGGGGCAGAAGAUGGGCAUCCAGAUCGGCCAUGGUGGUCGGAAGGCAAGCACCGUCGCCCCCUGGCUCAGCAAGGGGGCCGUGGCGACGGAGGAGGUCGGGGGCUGGCCGAGCGAUGUGAAAGCCCCGUCGGCGAUCCCGUACGACAAGGAAUAUGCAGUCCCCAGAGCCAUGACGACCCAGGACAUCGAGGACUUCAAGGCCGCCUAUGGCGCCGCCGUCAAGCGCGCGCUGAAGGCGGGUUUCGACGUCAUUGAGAUUCACAGCGGCCACGGGCGUCUGCUGCAUCAGUUUCUCUCACCAGCCAGCAACGUGCGGACCGACAAGUACGGCGGCAGCUUCGAGAACCGGACGCGGCUCACGCUGGAGGUUGUCGAGCUGACACGUGCCAUCAUCCCGGAUUCGAUGCCACUGUUCAUUCGGAUCAGUGCCACGGAUUGGCUGGAGAACACGCCGUACGAGGGGCCCAGCUGGACCGUCGAGGACUCGGUGCGCUUGGCGCCUCUCCUUGCCGACCGCGGCGUCGAUCUCAUCGAUGUGAGCUCGGGAGGACUGCAUCCAGCGCAAAAGAUCGACCAGGUGCCGAAUUACCAGGCGCCGUUUGCGAUGAGGAUCAAGAAGGCAGUGGGAGAUCGAGCGCUGGUGUCAACGGUGGGCAGGAUAGUGAAAGGGAAGCAAGCCAACGAUCUACUCGAGGGCAAGGAUGGGGAGCCGUUGGAUUUGACGGCUGUGGGCAGGAUGUUCCAAAAGGAGCCGGGGCUGGUUUGGACUUGGGCAGAGGAGCUGGGCGUACAGAUCCACGUUGCUAAUCAGAUCCGAUGGGGAUUCUCAAGAGACAAGACUAUUGCCCAGAAGUAG